AAGGCGGAAGCGCGUCGCCUCGUGCCGUGCGGGCUUGACGUGCCGCUGGCGCUGAUGGCGGCGGGGCUGGCGGAGGGUCGCACCGAGGAGGGAGAGCGAGGAGGCGGGGAACCGGAGAGACAGAGAGAGGAGGCCCCGGCGGUACGGAGCACCGACACAGCGACACACCAACAACAAUCACGCCGAUAACCACAGCAGCAAGCCCCGCAAACCCCCACAGAGGACUACGGGCGGAUGGAUGGAGCGGACCUCCCAUUGGCUGUCAUCCUGUCUCGCUCCACCAGCUGGUACACUGCUACAGCUGCAGUACUCGUAGUAUUUAGUUGCAGUAGUCAGUAUUCUGACCUGUGUUUGCUAGCAGAGGUGCAGUGAAACAUCAGAGUGGUUUUAAUCAGAGAGGCUGCAGGUGACCUCUGAAGCAGCAGGGAUAACAGCUCUGUUAACCUUCGUAUAGCAGCUUUGAAGACACUUUGAAUUGUGUAUUAAUGCAUUUUGGUGUUUACGGACCUGGAAUGACAACCGUAGCUCAUUAGCGUGGGUGUUUCAGGGGUUUCUAGGGGCGCAAUGCUUCAAAUUCGUGGCCCCUGAAUCGUACACCCCUGCACGCAAUCUUGCUAGGUGAUGAGCUCAGUAGUUCGUUGUGAGAAAAACGACAUUGAAACUGCCAGGCUAGCAGCUGCUUCACUGUGAAAUCCUUUCAGCUGCAGCACAGACAAAACAAGUAUUUCGCCUACUUUGAAAAUGUAGAUUAGCUUAAUUUUGAAGCUACCUGCAGUUAGCAGCUAGCACAGCAACCAAACACACACCUUCUUAAAAUUCAGUUAGAAAAUAAAUUACCUAAAAAAUGUAGUUGGACUCAGACAAGGGUCACGUGUUUGACAGCUAACGACUUGUUAGCUGCUAGUGUCUAGCGGUGAGCAGGUAGCGGUGGCGUGGGUCUAGGCCCGACCAGAGCAGGGGUGCGAUGGAGUACCACUCCGGUGGCAGCCUGCCCCUGCUGGGGAGACCGCGGUACUGCCCCGGGGCCAACGCUAACGGAGGAUACCUGUGUGAGACGGGACACUGCUGCGGAGAGACCGGCUGCUGCACCUACUACUACGAACUCUGGUGGUUCUGGCUGCUGUGGACUGUCCUCAUCCUGUUCAGCUGCUGCUGUGCGUACCGACACCGUCGAGCCAAACUGAGAGUUCAGCAGCAGCAGAGACAGAGAGAGAUCAGCCUGCUAGCCUACCAUGGAGCCAACUCCUACCCCUCCUCCAUGCUGGAUCUCAGUUUCCUGGCAUCUCUGAAGCUGCCGUCCUAUGAGGAGGUCGCGGCUCAACCCACCACCCCUCCUCCUCCCUACAGCUCCGUGUUCACCGCCCCACGUUACCCGCAGCCCCCCCGCACCGCCGACCCCCACCUGCUCACACAGCACGGCCCGCUGCUGCACCGGCCGCUCAGCGAUGGUCCCUCCUCCCUCAGCUCCGACAAUAGCUCCAGUUGUUCCUGUGACUCCUGCUGCCCCUCCUCUCCAUGUAGCUCCUCCCUAUCGGCACCCGUCACAUAUGAGACUGAUACAAGCCAUGCCACCACACCCAGCGAGGCUGCUCCCCUCACUCUUGAUGUCACAAUGGAGACCAUCGCUGCCGCGGCAACCUGUUUGGAGGUAAAUGAGACAAGAUUUGCUUCUGAGAGGAUGGUUGCCACAGUGGCCAUUGACAUCGGUGAUGAAGAUGCUGCCAGAGCACAGGAACCCAUUGCCACGGACUCAUCAGUUCCCAACCAGACUGUUACUGUGGCAGUUGUUACCAGGGCGGCCUCCCCUCACUCUCUGCCCUCCCCCAGUUCUGAGGUGGCUCUUUCUGUUGUAACUACAUCUCCCAUAAAGCAACAGCUCAACCUAGCACCCUGUACCCCAAUAGUCAGCACCUGUAGCUCAAGUACACUCCCUAGUCCAAGUGUUGACACAACACUCCCCUCUAUCCAAAUAAUAAGCAUUGAUGGCCCAGCUGAGGGCCCCGAAACUACCCCUCCCCCGAAAAUCACCUCAAUAUCAGGCCCUUCUACCCCAACAACUAGCACUUCUGACAGCCCUACAGCCUCCCAAACCCUUGAUACCCUCGAUCUGACAAGAACCUUUGAUAUAGCCAAUGUUCCUAGUAGCCCAACCUCAGUACCGUCCCCAGAUGUUGGAAGAACUUUGGCCCUGAUAACUGGCUCUGCUGGUCUCCCAAUCCAGGAGCCAAAUCCUAGUCUUGUGCCAAUACCGGCACCUUCAAACCUUACCCAAGCUUCAAUCCUAGUACCUACGAACCUUAUCCAAGCUUCAAUCCUAGUACCUACAGACCUUACCCAAGCUUCAGCCCCAGUGCAUUCAAACAUUACCCAAGCUUCAAUCCUAGUACCUACAAACCUUACCCAAGCUCCAGCCCCAGUACCUUUAAACCUUACCAAAGCGUCAAUCCUAGUACCUACAAACCUUACCCAAGCUCCAGCCCAAGUACCUUCAAACCUUACCCAAUCUUCAAUCCUGGUACCUACAAACCUUACCCAAGCUCCAGCUCCAGUACCUUCAAACCUUACCCAAGCUUCAAUCCUAGUACCUACAAACCUUACCCAAGCUCCAGCCUCAGUACCUUCAAACCUUACCCAAGCUUCAGUCCCAGUACUUACAAACCUUACCCAAUCUCCAGAUGCAGCACCGUCACACUUUAUCCAAGCUCCAGAACCAGUACCCACAAACCUUACCCUAGUGCCAAAGCCACAACCUAAAACCGACAUGGUCCCAGACUGUGCACCUAACCCCAUUCUGACUCCAAAACCUGCACAGUCAAAUCUUACCCUAGCUACAGAUCCAGCACUCACUUCACCUACAUUAGUCCAUUGCCAGAUUCCAGAACUGUCACCUGGGUCAGGUCUAGCCCGGAUUCCUCCCAGCCCAAGGUCAGGCUUGCCCCAACACCCAGGAGCUGUUACUGUUCUUGUAUCGUAUCUAGGUCCAGCUGCAGUAUCAGCCGAUUCAGGUCCUUCACUAGUCCUGUCUCAAUCAUCAGAGUCAGAUCUUAUCAGUCCAUUACCAUCGAAUGUCCAGGCUGGUUUUAGUUCUAGUUCUGGAUCUGGAUCAUACUCUAGUGUUGGUUCUAGGUCAGGUCCACUGUCCGCUCCUGCUCCAAUGCUCACCUUCCCAACACCUGCGUCCUCCUCUUCCUCCUGCCCAGCCAUAACCAUAGAGUCUGAAUCUUGUUUCACUCACUCUCAGUCUCCACCUGCAGCCCUCUCCCCAUCCUCACCCCCAUCCUCACCCCCAUCCCUUCCUUCUCCUCCUUCCCUCCUCUCCCCUCCAAUCCUGUCUUCUACCUCCCUCCCAGCUCCAGCUUUACUCCUGGACCCCCUCACUGCUCUGCACCAGUCCAACAAAAGUGGAUCUUCCUCUGGCCACGCUUCCUCCCUCUCCCCCUCACCUCGUGCUACUCAGUCCCCUCCGAAACAGACUCUCUUCUCCCCCUGUGUGGAUGUCUUUGAACCAGGACCUCCCAGCUGGGAGGACGGAGAGGAGGAGCAGGAGGAGGAGGACGAUGAUGAUGAAGAUGAGGACAUGGGAGCCGAUGAGAGCCAGUAUAGACAUCGGCGACUUACCGGUGACUCUGGGAUCGAGGUGUGCAGGUGUCGGGUGGAGGAGGAGGAGGAGGAGGAGGAAGAGGAUGAGGAAGAAGAGCAGGGGGAAAGGAAGGAGGAUGGCAGGAGAGGAAGAGGAGGGGGGGAAAGGGAUAUAAAAGGAGGUGGAAACACUGAUCUCCAUGACAGUGUGGACUGCCCUGCUAGGGGUCAGAUAACCACAGGGGAAGGACUUGUACUGUGUAACUCCACCACUACGCCAGCAUCCGAGGACAGUGGCGAAGUUGUCAUUGUCAUGGAGACAGUGUGAUUGACAGAAGUGGGUGUAUCAAACCAUUCGUCAUCCAGACAAGGGAUGAACAGGAAGUUAAUGAUGGCGUCCACCUGUUUUUUGAGAUCAUUCUGUUACCGUGGAGGUUUUGAACGCAGAUGAUUCUGAUUGUGAAUCAGUUACAUCACAUUAACAAAUGUUGCUUGUUCAGCAUCUGUUAGUCAGACCAGCAUAGGUGUUGGAUGUUUGAUAGGAAGAAAUUCAACAGGAAGCAUUAGCUCUUUAUGGUUUCUUCAGCUGAGUUGGAAUUUGAGCCAGCCGUGGUUCGGAAGGUCUGCAUGGUGAGUACUGGUGUGUUUUAAUAAGAGGAGAGGCAUAUACUCAGAUUGCUUCCAGGGUUGAUAAAAUUUAACAACUACCGUACUACAGAACAAUUUGUAAAAUGUCAAGAAAAAAAUAGGACACCUGCUCCCCAUUUUGAUCCCAACAGACGUUUUACAGUUUACGCAAAAAAUAUUUGGAUGUCUAAAUUUUAACCAGUGAUUAUGAACGGAGAGCUAGCUGAAGCAGCUUGUUGUGAUGUGUCUGUAGAUCCAUUCAGUAAUGUCCUCAGUCAGAGUGAACAAUCUAACAAGGUAAAUGUGUUUGUGGAGGUUAAGAUGACAAUGUUAACUGUCUUAUCUUUAGCGCAAGUCUCCAAAAUACUGAGUUGGCGCUUAUGAAAAGUCAGUCACCCUAUAGAGUUACAUUCAGUGUUUCUCACCAAAACACAUACAUCUUUGAGGCCUGGCAAACAUGUUGAAUUCACUUCCUUCCUCGUGAAACAAUUGCAAGGUUAUUUUAAAGGAGCACUCCACCAAUUUUACACAUACACACUUAAUGUUUAACCCUCACAUCAACUAAAAACAUUGUUAAAGGUAAUUAAAGGCUAAUUUAAUGGGUAUAAUGCAAUAUGUCCAUCCACAGUAUUUUUUUAACCCUCACAAGACCAGUUCUGCAAUAAUACAACCGUCUUGAGUGGUCCAAUGACGUUAACGCUCGCGAUUUGAAAACAUGGGAAUCUUUCCCUUUGCUACCUUCCAUCCCACAUGAAACAUGGUCGCCAGAGUGUGUAUUAUUCCCCUGACAGAAAUGGCAUUUUCUUUCUUACGUCUGUCUGUCACCAACAAGAAAACGACUUUAAAUAGUUGAACAUUUAGCAGAAGACACCUCACUUGUCUUGGGUGAUGACGGAGGUUUGGAAACGUGCCGGGGACAAAUUGACUGUUUUGGAAUUGAAGAGAGACUGAUGUAGGAGGAUGAUUCACUCUGACUGACAGAGGGAAGACUGAUUCAUUCAUUAGAGGAGACGUUUUAAUGAAGAAGUCUGUCAGGAGAGUGGAAUUAGGUGGGUAGUUUAUGAAAUGGGAGAGAUGGUUUUUCAUAUUUGAUGUGUUCGUGGCAACUUGAUCCUGUAUGGAAGGUUUUAGGGUUGGUAGAUCAGUUCUUUUUUCUGUGCGUCAGCCUUUCAGCAGAGAAGCUUUUGCAUAAAUAGGAAUAAACAAUGGGCACUUUUAGACAGAAACAAAGCACCAAACAGAACAGAGACGGGAACACAUCAUUCCCGUCUUUUUCAUCAUUGUCUCUUUCUCUGAAUUUGAGGUCAGAUGCAACAAUACAUCGACUUUGUGCAUCUCUCCAUUCAUAAACACCUGGCCCUUUUUUAUUAUUUAGAACCGUUAAUUCUACUGAUUUAUAAAUUGAUCAUUUGAGGGACUAAAAUUCAAGAAAGUCAAGCUAUUUCAGGGCCUUAACAUGACAGUAACUUGAAUCCUGAAUUGGCUGUUUAGGCUGUUGUUGUAACAUAUUGAUGUUUCAUACACUGUCAGAUUGAUAGAUGUGUCGAUACUGAUAUUUUGUGACAGAAAGACAUUAAAGUAGAGUAUAUUUUGUCAAUGACAGAGAGUUAGUAACAUUUGUGUAGUACAUGCUGGUGUAUUUCAAAUCACCUUAGAAUCUGAAAUUAGUGAAGAGCAAUAUUUUUCAUCAGCAAGAGUCUGUGUGUAGAUACCACCCCAAAAAAAAUACAGGACAACUGCUUCAGAAAGCGUUGAUAGCAAAGCAAUGCAUAGGAGCAUCCACUUUAGGUGACUGUCAUGUUUGUGUUUUGAUUGAAAUAUUACACGCUCCACACAUAGACUGUAUAAAAGAAGUGGACGUAGCCUCCAGGUUUGACAAGUGAAGCCAAUGCGGAAGUGCCUUACGCCCUACAUUCUUUUUAAUGACCAGCAGGGGGCGACUCCACUGGUUGCAAAAAGAAGUCUGAUUGUAUAGAAGUCUUUGAGAAAAAGACCCUACUUCUCACAGUAAGCAGUUUCCUAAUGACUUUAUGGUCUCAAUCGCUAGUUCCAAGUCUUCUUCAAUACAGCAUGAUGUUCAUUUCGUAAAUUAUGUCCCAUUUAGAGUAAAAUAGACGAUAAAGUAGGUAGGCUUUAGGGCAUAGGUACCUUAUGACAAGUCACUACGACGGCGACCAGUCAAUCAGGAUAGAGGCAUAGCAAUGUGUAUCCCUCCCCAGCACCACCCUCUCGUCCAAAUGUGGUCACUUCUGGCCCCAAAAAAACAAGAUGGCGACAGCCAAAAUGCCAAUCUUGAGGCUUUAAAAUGGAAACCAAGGGGAGAUGUCACGGUGGUUACGUCCAAUUCUUUUAUACAGUCUAUGGCUCCACACUGGUUUGGGCAAUUUCUACGCACAUUUGGAAGAUGAAAAUCUUUCUAAAACCCUCUGGACAAACUAAAAAUGUAUCAGGGUCAGAAGGAAAACAAAGGUUUUUUGGACAACAUCUUGGAGAUGUGAGAUUUUCACCCAAAAACCAGCAGUGUAAUGAUUGCAAGGGCUGGUGCAGUUUGUAAGAAGUUUGUAAUUUCGAACACACUUCACGGAGGUAUGGCAUCACACAUUUGUAAUACUUUUUUGUUGUGUCAGUGUAGAAACAUCAAGUCAAAAUGAAUGAAACAAAAAAAGCUGUGUCAUCUAUCUUUGUCCAUGUCAUGAUAAUCACCUGUUUAACAAUACAUUCACAGAUGUUUUGUUGUACUUUUAUAUGAAAAGAUAUUUAUUAAUUCCAUCAACUGCCUUUCCAAAAUCCUGUUUCAACAAGAAAUAUACCACAUAGUUGUAGCAGAUAGAAGACUGUUGGAGUGUAAAAGUGAGACAUCUCUUACAUCUUUUUUGUCACAUUUUCUUACACCUGCUCCCACAAAGUGCACUUGUUUUUUUACAGCUCUUAAUGUAAGCUGUAUUAGAAAGUUUCACAAAUGUGUGUUGCUCCAAACCAGAAGUCAGAGUGUGUUGGAAAAGACACCAGAGAGUAAAGUCUGACAUUUAACCAAUGAGAUAAAGAGUGUGCAGUGACGUCAUCAGAUUGUACCAGCUGACGGCUUGCUUGAACCAGAACUCUUCAAAGUGGGAAUAUUCACAUAUCGUCUUUGAAAGUAAAGACAGCUUUAGUCAAUACAGUCCUUUAGGAAAGUGAUGCUUUCAGGUUCCUGUGUAACUGUGGUGCAGAGAACUGGUCACCUGACGAUUGUCUCAGUCACGGAUAUCAUUAAUUCAGCCUUCUCCGAUGGAAAGAUCUUGAGUCUGGUUGACGGAUCCUUAAACCCUGUGUCCAUGCUGCAUUACAACGCGGACUUCACGUACUUCGCUACUCAUUUGUUGCAAAGGAUGAUGGCUAAAACUUUGCUGACAGAGGUAUACAGAUGCCCAUGAAGGACAAAGCUAUGUUGGACCUCAUUAUGACAAAAGCAAUGUCCUGCCAUGGAAAGGACAUGACUUGACUACAGUGGCAGCAACAGAAUGGACAGUUUCUAUGUCAAACUCUCAUUGACAGCUGAAUAUUUUCUGGACUGCCAGAAGUCUUGGUAGUCAGUUUGGAAACCAAUGUGCACAAGAUUGGAUUCAUACAUGGAUGGUUAAUGAUAUGAUCUUUUGUUUUUUAAACCUUUGUGGCUAAAUUCAUCGAUAUAUGAAUCUGGUUUUGAGCAGAUGUAGACUUCGCAGAACUCAAGCAGAUUCUCUGAUGGGGUCUUUGAUUAGUCUCGGACUGAGGUCAGAAACGACACCUUGUUUGAUUAAAUUGAAUCCAGGCCAAAUUUGCGCCUGUGGACUGAGGCUUAAGAGCUCGUGGAGGCUGAAGGACCUCCUUGAGAAAGCUAAAGGGCGAUACCGAGCCGUUGAUGUUGUGGUUGAUGGUGUUUUCUGUUUACCUGAACUAAUAAGGUUAUAUAUCUCCAUGGCUACAGAGUGCCAUUUCUACUUGACAACUGUUCCUACUUAGCAUUAGAUAGAGCUGUUCUCGCUCUGUGUGCGUGUGGACUUUCGACAAGAGUGACUGGAGAAAUGUUGUCUAAAAUCUGUCUGUAGCUCAGGUUCCCAAAGGCUUUGCAGCUCUGAGAUCAGCCUUGUAAAGGGAAACACAGUUGGUGAUGGUGUGACAUCUGCCAUUUCAUUGAGGAUUUUAUCCAAAUUUCCUCACAAUUCCAGAAGAGUGUUGACAUUGUUUGGAAGGGUGUAAACAGACUGAAUGGUGGGCAUCUUGGUGUUGUUUUGGUGGAAAUAAUUUCCACCUUCAAUAAUUUUUAAAGUAAAACCAGAUUGAUGAAGACACUUGUGAACAGAGAAAGAACCAUUUCCAACAUUGUUAGUUUCCACGUUGCUCAAUGGCUACAGCAAAGCACCAGCAAUACCAGGAUUCGGGCUUCAAUUCCUGAAGUUCCUGACACUCAAGAUGUCAACACUCCUGGUGCUGUGAGGCAUUUAGGGGUAAAGUAUUCAACCAAAUGACAGCUUUGACGAUCUCCCUGUACUGAUGUUAGGGCUGGCCUAACUUUUGGAAACCUCAUCUUUAUCUUUUUGUUGAGAAAUCCGUUGAGUUCAACAAGGACUAGUUUUUCAUCAAAUGUCGGUGGACGAAAACAUUAAAACAUAGUCCUCUCUGAUAGAAGAGUUUCACACUGACUGAAUUCACAUUGACAGGUCAGAUUUGGUUUUAACAAACGAAUUGACUCCAGUAUGAUUGUUUAAAAGCUAUAAUUGACUGCUUUUAAUUUUUAAACUUUGGAUAAGUCCUCCCAUUACUUUUAAAAAUAAAGGUUAAGCAAGCUGCAAAAAAAAGCUAAAAAAAUACACCAACUGAACCAGACUGGAACAGACCCGGUCCAAAUGGGUCCCAUCAGUCGCCACGCCAAAAUCAGAUUAAUAAUCGCCUCGACAGUCCUAAUGUAUAUCCCCACCUUAAGUCUGUGGUAACUAAGACAUAUAAAGGAAUAGAUCAUCCCCAAAUUAAUAUUAUUUUCCUGUCUACUCAGCUUGAUACCUGCUUCCCGUUGAUAAACUGUUUUACUGUGAAGCAGCUGCAGGAAAUGCUGAUUUAGUCACCAAGGUCAGUAACUGACUAUUCAUUGCAAUAAAAAUUGGUCUAAGUCUAGAUUUGGACAUUUUUCCACAAUUUGAUUAUCAGAACAGUUUUACAAAUUGCUGGGGACAGAUGGAAGAAAAAAGAUAUAGUCACAAGGGACCUGGGUAGAUAAAGAGGGGAAGGUAUCAGGUACUCAUUGCAAGCAACACUUUUCAUGUCAUGUGGAAAUACGUCACGGUUGCUAAUGGUGCAUCACGGUGCAGGUGUCCAGGUUAAAAAUGGAAAUCCAUCAUGAGAUCCUGCUCCAGGAGUUGUUUAAAGAGACUUGAUAGAUUUUUUGUAGCAGUAGUUUGAGUAGCUAUGGGGUGAAUUUAUCAUUUUGAUGGUCAUCGUGUAUAUGCGAGGCGAAGUUCUUCACCUGAAGCUUAAAGAACAUACGUUUUUUUGAGAUUCCCUAGGAUAGCGGUAACGCCCGGCUGCUUUAGAUAUGGCACAUUAGUCUACUAUGGGUAGCCAAUCCUCAUUCAGAGUCCUAAUCAGAAUGCAGCGCUGACCCUGAAAUGUGAACUCAGUCAAAGUUUUAGACAACUCUGGCCUCAUUAAAUGUUUACCAUUUUGGCUCUUUGAUCAACUUUCACUUGUUCCAUGAAGAGAUUGGAAGCAGCUUCACCUGUGGUGUUUGGCAAAGUUAUUUAAUUUACGAAAACGUCAGUAUGUUCCUUCUAUUGUAGGAGCCCCUCCCUCAGUCUAAAGAACGUUUUUUAUCUUGUUAUCUCUUCUCUCCUUUCUGUUUGCAUGAGGUUUCUGUCGGAGGAGUCGAAGGAAGCAGAGAAGAGAUUAGUCUUUAAAAUCCCUUAAUAUUAUGAUGAUAACAAUGCUAAUUAUUAGUAUUACUAAAUUAAUAGUGAGUGUGUAUGUGUGGAUGUAUGUGUGUGAUCUAACUAAACCAGCCUGUUCUAAAAAUGUGUGAAGAUAUACUGAAUAAAACUGUCAAAUCUA